AUGGACCCUACAGACACUCCUGCUCCUUUGAUGGAGUUUGUAUCCAGCUUUGACUAUUCUGAAUUGCAAUUGAUUGAUCAGAAGAAAGACACCCUUGUGUCGGAAUUAAAAGAAGUCGGAUUCGAUGCUGGUGAUUUCUUGCACGAGAUUCAGUACGACGAUCAGUACGACGAUCUUUACUACUCAGAUGCAGAGUGUGACGUGGACGUGGAUUUCGAGGGCUCUCGAUUCUCAAACACUCCUGAAACAUCACAACAAAGAUUUGGGUUGGAGGAGGACGACGAUCUGCCUGAGCUCACUAUCGACCCUGCCAAGGUGGAUCUAAGCGGCACAAAACCCAAGGCUUCGUUCCCAAUGGCGUACGUUUACCAGUCGGUCUAUUCAGAGACCGUGCCAUCGUCUCCGCUGGGCCUUGGCCAGUUCGACACGUCGUAUUCCGCAUUUCCGGACGUGUUUGUUAUGGAGUCCACGCCGGAAACACCAAUGUCGUACCACGCGACUUCGAGCUCUGAAUCCCUCCACGGGUCACCAUCGCUGGACGCUUCGCCUGUGGAGCUCGAGUCAGGGCCCCUUGAUCUAGAUGACGACCCAAAACACAAGAGGAAAAAGUCCAAGAUCACGCUCCGCAUUCCAGGAAAAUCGCCGCACCGUGCUUCUAUGCCUCUGGGAGGCAAGCUGGUGUGCGAGAUGGAGGACUGCGGGAAACAGUUCAAAAACAGGGCUUUGCUCUCCAGACACAUCAACUGUGUCCAUUUGCAUCUCGAAAGAUAUGUUUGCAAGUUCUGUUCGCGCAAGUUCACACGGUCCGACCACAUGAAGAUCCAUGUGGGCAGAAUGCACCAGGAGCGGUUCGUCGUUUGGGAACCCGAACGGCGACUUCUCGCUCAGCCAGAACUCAGAGUUCGUGGUGUCCCCACCGGUCAGGUGGAGGAACGUUUCCCAGUCGGUGUAUGUGUACUUGAAGUCCGGCUUUGUGUUUGCCAGGAACGAUGCCUUGCGCAGCUGCGUGACGAUCUGUUGCAGUUCGCCAAUGUGGGUGAGGACGGGGUCUUUUUUCUUUCUGAACCGCGUGCGGAUCACCGAGUCGCCGUCCGUGUCUUUUUCCUGGAUGGUGUUAUAGAACGUUUGCAGGAACUGCUGGUCGUCGAAGCCCGGGUCGAUUUUCUUGAGCAUCUGGGCCACUUUGUGUGGCUGGUAAUGGAACCGCACGGGUUUCCCCUCGUCCGGGUAGUUGUACAGGUCGCGGGCCAUCUGUAUGGUGCGGAUAUAUUCCUGGGUGUUGAAGAAAUCGACCGUGUUGAGCUUUUUGGACUGCGAAAACGCCUGCAACACGUCCAUCAUCGGGUGGGACCCGUCGAACGCGGGGUCUGGAUCGCGGCGGUGGACGCUGAAGUUCUGAAUCGUGCUGAGAGAGCCGAAGAUGAAGUCGCUGAUGUUCAUCACGAGGAUCGUCAUGAUGGGGAUCGCGGCGAUCGACCACACGCAGAAAAAAGUGCGCCCCCCACUGGUGGCGGGGGACGGCACGCCGUAUCCGAUCGUGACGAAACACAGGAACGAGAAGUAGCAGCUCAGGUGGUACGGCCAGCCUUCGUACACGGUGAACAGCAGCGAGCCCAGCAGCCAGAACACCAGCCACGACACAACGAUGGUCAUUGUGCUGAACAGCUUCUCGUAGCUCAAAGCUCUGCGGUUGACGUGCUUCAUGCGGUUGAAGCUGUCCUCGGGCGACAGGUCGGCGGGCAGACCGAACGUGACCAGUCCGACAAUACACCAGAGCAGCGUGAGGGCCUGGGCCGCGCUCGUGGAGGGGACAAAGUCGCCGAGCCCGAUGGUGAGAAUGGUGACUAUGGCAAAGUACAGGGCCUCGCCGUACGAGACGUGGAGCAGAGCAGUGAACAUGCCGGCCCCCCACAUGAGCCACACAACAAAGAACAUGGACUGCAGCAUGAGCGUGUUCUGCACCCCGUCGAUGUUGAACGCGGGCGUGUACUGGUGGAGGAGCACGCCGAGCUGGUUCAGGGAGAGCAACACAAAGUUGGCAAAGUGCAGCACCACGGUGUACACGGCGAACCAGAACCCGUACGAGUAGGUGAACUGGUUAUAGUGCUGCUCGGUUAUGAACCGGACGUGGUAUAUAACCACCAGCACGAGCAGCAUGAGGCUGGCCACGAGCCAGCCCGCGAUCGAGAUCAGCUGGGCCUUGUUGUACGCGAGUUUGCGCCGGAAGUUGAGCAGCAGACUGAUGUUGGCGGCGAGCCCGCACGCCAUGGAGAUCGAGUUCACCGUGUAACACCAAACCUCGUCUGCCCCCGCUGGUUUCCCGGUUAUACGGUCCUGUUUCCAGUUGCAAAUAACGGCAGCCACAGACAGCAGGUUCGAGAGCGGGCCAAUACACCCGCAAAUGAGCGGGAAGUACGACGAACAGAUGAACCAGAGUAUGAACUGCGGGUCGCCGGGCUGCACGCGGAGGUUGUUGACGUUCCAGUCUGUAUUGUUGAGCAGAGAGUCGUAGUAGUUCUGCAUCUUGGUGGAGGUGCGUUCGAGGAUGGGGGUUUCGAUCUCGGAUAA